UUCUCUUACUCUCACAGGAAUGGUGAUAACUGGUUUACCAGUCUUAUUCAUAAUUAAUUUUGUACAAAGUCAAGUUUUUGAAAAAACAGAUGAAGUAUGUCCUGAGAAUUUAGGAGCAUAUGACGACAUACCAGCAUUCGAUUUUAUAUCCACAUAUGAAUUAGACACAAGAACAAAUAUCCCAGGUGUACAUCAAACGCGGGGUAGCAACGCUCUACAGGUGGCUUAUAAAAUAACAGAAGGAUCAAAUUUACGUAUUCCCACAAGUGCCUUAUUUCCAAAGGGAUUACCAGAACAGUUCUCAUUAAUCAGCACUUUCAUGAUGAGAGGGCCAACACGGAAAGCUAGAUGGAAUUUACUCAAAAUCGUAGAUCCAAAUAAUCGGCCGCAACUCGGCGUUAGACUAAACGGGGAUACAAAAACAGUUGACUUUUACUACAAAAGUACAAACGGAAGAAUGGCAAAAUUAACUUUCAAUAGAGCGAAAAAGCUUUUCACGAAGUCAUGGCAUAAACUUCACUUUUCUGUCGGGACAGAAAACGUGGAAAUGUAUAUAGAUUGCAAACUUGUGGAAUCAUUAACGGUUGGAGACCAGCGUGGUAAAAUAGAUUCGACGGGUGAAAUUGUUCUAGGGACCCAAGAACCAGGAGACAGAACUGUUGCGUUUGAUCUUCAAUGGAUGGUUUUACACUGUGAUUACCGAAAAGCUGCCAGAGAGACCUGUAGUGAGAUUCCAAAGUCAGAAGAUGUGGAUGAGGAUGAGGAUGAGGAGGAGGAGGAGGAGGAGGAGGAGACUGAUAAAGAGGAGAAAAAACCCAAAUGUAACAUUGUCUGUCCACGAGGUAAACCCGGUAUAAAUGGAACUGAUGGACUUCCAGGGAUCCCCGGUAUUAAUGGUAGGGAUGGCGAACGAGGUUUACCCGGAGUACCAGGAUUAAGAGGCGCGCCAGGCCCACGAGGAGCCGAUGGUGAGACGGGUACCAUUGGCCCUCGUGGCCCUGAAGGACGUCGGGGAUUGAGAGGAGAGAAAGGAAACGAUGGUCUUACUGGAUUACCUGGUCGCAAAGGAGAGUCCGGAGAAAAGGGUCGAAAUGGAGAACGAGGCGACGAGGGUACACCUGGUGAUCCUGGAUUAAAGGGUGAACCCGGAGCAGUCGGUCCACGUGGAGAAAGGGGCCAGUUUGGUCAGAAAGGUGAACCGGGUGGUGGACCAUCAAGUUCUUCGGGUAUUCCAGGUAGAGAUGGGACUGAUGGAAAAGAUGGUCUUCCUGGACAACCUGGACCUCCUGGAGAUAAAGGAGAGAAAGGAACCAACGGACGAAGAGGGUAUGGUGGACAGAGGGGAUUCCGAGGAUUGCCAGGUACUGCUGGACAGAAAGGUGAGCCAGGAAGAGACGGCAAAGAUGGAAAAGACGGUGUACCGGGAAUUGGCGGCGGUGAUGCCGUUCCGGGCACGCCCGGUCCUCCUGGCCCCACUGGCCCUUCUGGUCCACGUGGUUUAUUGGGAUUACCUGGUUUAAAGGGUACCAAAGGUACACCUGGACUGAAAGGUGGUCGAGGUGAUAAGGGAGAACCAGGAGAAAUUGGAUUUCCCGGAAAGGACGGAAUCGAUGGCCCACGUGGCAGAGAUGGAACUGAGGGAUCCAAAGGUGAACAAGGAACGAAAGGUGAAGUUGGUCCUGAAGGACCGAGAGGUCUACCUGGAAUCACUGGUCAUAGAGGAUCACGUGGCCAGACAGGAAGAAUAGGACCAAAUGGAUUAAAAGGUGAAAGAGGGGAAAUCGGUCCCGAAGGUCCACCAGGUCCACCAGGUGUUGUCUCCGGGAAGGGAGAUACGGUAUGGAAAGACGUGCAGAUGUAUCAAGGACCACCUGGACGUCCGGGACUGCGAGGUUCUGUAGGACCCAAAGGAGACAUGGGGCCUAAAGGAAUGUCAGGCGAUCCAGGACGAAUUGGUGAUCCAGGAAGAGAGGGAGUUAUGGGACCAACCGGUCAGCCAGGAAAUGACGGCAAAGACGGUUCUAAAGGAGAUUCUGGUAUUCCUGGAAUCAGAGGACCACAAGGACAAAUUGGACAGCAAGGACCAGCAGGCCCUAUUGGAUUAUCUGGACUUGAUGGGAGAAAGGGUGAUCCUGGUGAGCGCGGACCAAGUGGCCCCGUCGGACCACCUGGCAAAGAUGGCAAGCCGGGCAUAAUUGGUCCACCAGGACAAUCGGGUAUAAUGGGACCUGUUGGCCUACCAGGUGUCCCUGGACCACCUGGACCUCCCGGGCCGGUAGGACCACAAGGAGACCGUGGAGAUACAUUAGGUGUUUCAGGAUCAGAUGGCGCAUCAAUGGCUUACGGACCCCAGGGUCAGCCUGGACAAAAUGGCCCCGCUGGAAUGCCUGGUGAGAGAGGAGCUACUGGUGAGCCUGGGCCUACAGGACCCCAAGGACCCCCUGGUAUACCAGGAAUGCCAGGACCUGCAGGUGUUACUGGACCAAGAGGACUUCGGGGACAAACAGGAAUGCCUGGCAUGCCAGGACUACCGGGUCGAAGCAUUGCAGAAAAUGAGAUACGUCAACUUGUUUACCGAAUUCUAAGAGAACGUCUUGAAGACUUAACAGCUGAUCUUAAAGGACCCCCAGGACCAAUGGGUGUAGGGAAAAGAGGUCGACCAGGUCCACCUGGAUUGAUGGGUACCCCAGGUGAACGUGGUGCUCCUGGACCCCCAGGUGAACGAGGAUUUGUAGGAAUCCCAGGUCUUCAAGGGCCCAUGGGUACAUUAGGGCGUGCUGGUCCCAGGGGAGAAAAGGGUGACAGAGGUCUUACUGGCACUGGUAGAAUUGGCAAACCUGGUUUAAGAGGAAGAACAGGUCCUCCUGGACCAGUUGGUCCUUCCGGUGUUGGUCGCCCUGGAGAAAGAGGUUUACAUGGACCUCCAGGAUCUCAAGGUCAUAGAGGAGCCCCAGGUCUGCCUGGUCCUCCUGGAUAUUGUGAAUAUUGUAACUUUGCUGCAUCAGGCCCUGAAUAUUUCCCAUUAAAUAGAAGGAAUGCUAUCAAGGGACCUUGAAAAUGACAUAAACUUUUCACUUUGCUCUCAGAACACUAUUGCACCUGUAGCCACAUAUGACCACCACCUCCAGCACCCCCUACUUCUCUCCUCUUUAACCGCCGUCGUCAUAUUCUUUCUUUCACAUUUCCCUAUUUCUCCUAAUUUUCUACAUAUCUAAAACUUCUUAUUUUCACCAAAAUUCUCUAGAAUGGAUAAGUAUAUAUUUGGGAAGUUAUGCCAUUGAAUUAUGGUAGAUUAACAUAAUCCUCCAUAUCAUAUCAUCAGGGAUUAAUGGAUAAAUAAUUCCUUCCAUAUUAAGGUUCAUUUAUUUGGAGUUUAAGGAUUAAGGGAGCUAAAAGUGAAUGACAUUAAUUAAUAGG